AUGGCGACUCCCUCUGCUGCCUUUGAGGCCCUUAUGAAUGGAGUGACCAGCUGGGAUGUCCCCGAAGAUGCCAUCCCAUGUGAACUGCUUCUCAUUGGAGAGGCCUCCUUUCCGGUCAUGGUGAAUGACAUGGGCCAGGUCCUCAUUGCUGCCUCCUCCUAUGGCCGAGGCCGCCUGGUGGUGGUGUCCCACGAGGACUACUUGGUAGAAGCCCAGCUCACUCCCUUUCUCCUCAAUGCAGUGGGUUGGCUUUGUUCUUCCCCUGGGGCUCCCAUUGGCAUACACCCGUCCCUGGCACCCCUGGCCAAAAUCCUUGAGGGUUCUGGGGUAGAGGCGAAGAUUGAGCCCGAAGUGAAAGACUCCCUGGGGGUUUACUGCAUUGAUGCCUACAAUGAAACCAUGACAGAAAAGUUGGUCAAGUUUAUGAAACGUGGAGGGGGCUUGCUCAUUGGAGGCCAGGCCUGGGACUGGGCCAACCAGGGCGAUGACGAAAGGGUGCUUUUCACGUUCCCUGGCAACCUCGUGACCAGUGUGGCCGGCGUGUACUUCACUGACAACAAAGGGGACACAAGUUUCUUUAAAGUCUCCAAGAAGAUGCCCAAGAUCCCAGUCUUAGUUAGCUGUGAGGAUGACCUCUCCGAGGACAGAGACGAGCUCCUGCACGGGAUUUCAGAGCUGGACAUCAGCAACUCAGACUGCUUCCCAUCCCAGCUGCUGGUGCACGGGGCUCUGGCCUUUCCCCUGGGGUUAGACUCCUACCAUGGCUGUGUCAUAGCGGCUGCCCGCUACGGCCGGGGCCGGGUGGUCGUGACCGGCCACAAGGUAUUAUUCACCGUUGGCAAACUGGGCCCCUUUCUGCUCAAUGCUGUGCGCUGGCUGGACGGGGGCCGCAGAGGCAAGAUCGUGGUGCAGACAGAACUGAGGACACUGAGCGGCCUGCUCGCAGUGGGGGGCAUAGACACCAGCAUCGAGCCCCAUCUGACCAGCGACGCGAGUGUCUAUUGCUUUGAACCCGUGAGCGAUGUGGGGGUCAAAGAGCUGCAGGAGUUCGUAGCAGAGGGCGGGGGACUGUUCGUUGGAGCCCAAGCCUGGUGGUGGGCCUUCAAGAACCCUGGAGUGUCCCCUCUGGCUCGGUUCCCAGGAAACCUCCUCCUCAACCCCUUUGGCAUCAGCAUCACAAGCCAGAGCCUCAAUCCGGGGCCCUUCCGUACUCCUAAAGCAGGGAUCAGGACCUAUCACUUCCGCUCCACUCUGGCUGAGUUCCAGGUCAUAAUGGGCCGGAAGAGAGGGAAUGUGGAAAAGGGCUGGCUGGCAAAGCUGGGGCCGGACGGGGCUGCUUUCCUCCAGAUCCCCGCAGAGGAGAUCCCUGCUUAUAUGUCUGUGCACCGGCUCCUGAGGAAACUGCUGAGUCGCUAUCGGCUCCCGGUAGCAACGCGAGAGAACCCUGUUAUCAAUGAUUGCUGCAGGGGUGCUAUGCUCUCCCUGGCCACUGGUCUGGCCCACUCGGGAAGCGACCUCUCUCUGUUAGUGCCAGAAAUCGAAGACAUGUACAGCAGCCCCUAUCUGCGCCCCUCGGAAUCUCCUAUCACCGUUGACGUCAACUGCAACAAUCCAGGCACCAGAUAUUGCUGGAUGAGCACCGGACUCUACAUUCCUGGAAGGCAGAUCAUAGAGGUCUCGCUGCCUGAAGCUGCUGCCUCUGCUGAUCUGAAGAUACAGAUUGGCUGCCACACGGAUGACCUGACCAGAGCCAGCAAGCUGUUCCGAGGCCCGCUCGUGAUCAACCGGUGCUGCUUGGACAAGCCCACAAAGUCCAUCACCUGCCUCUGGGGCGGCCUCCUCUACAUCAUCGUGCCUCAGAGCAGCAAACUGGGCUCCGUGCCCAUCACUGUGAAGGGGGCUGUGCAUGCCCCGUACUACAAGCUAGGGGAGACCUCGCAGGAGGAGUGGAAGAGGCGUAUCCAGGAGAAUCCAGGUCCCUGGGGAGAGCUGGCUACGGACAACAUCAUCCUGACUGUGCCAACUGCCAAUCUCCGUACCCUGGAGAACCCUGAGCCAUUGCUUCGCCUCUGGGAUGAGGUGAUGCAGGCUGUGGCGCGGCUGGGGGCCGAGCCCUUCCCUUUGCGUCUGCCCCAGAGGAUCGUCGCCGACGUGCAGAUCUCAGUUGGCUGGAUGCACGCAGGGUACCCCAUCAUGUGCCAUCUGGAGUCUGUGCAGGAGCUCAUCAAUGAGAAGCUCAUCAGAACCAAGGGGCUGUGGGGCCCCGUCCACGAGCUCGGCCGUAACCAGCAACGGCAGGAGUGGGAGUUCCCCCCGCACACCACGGAGGCCACCUGCAACCUGUGGUGUGUUUAUGUGCACGAGACGGUCCUGGGCAUCCCUCGAGGCCGCGCCAAUAUUGCUCUGUGGCCUCCGGUUCGGGAGAAGAGGGUCCGAAUCUACCUGGGCAAAGGUCCCAAUGUGAAAAACUGGAAUGCGUGGACCGCCCUGGAAACAUAUCUCCAGCUACAGGAGGCCUUUGGGUGGGAGCCGUUCAUCCGUCUCUUCACUGAGUACAGGAACCAGACCAACUUGCCCACAGACAAUGUUGACAAAAUGAAUCUGUGGGUGAAGAUGUUCUCCCACCAAGUGCAGAAGAAUCUGGCUCCGUUCUUUGAGGCCUGGGCCUGGCCUAUCCAGAAGGAAGUGGCUACCAGCCUGGCCUAUCUGCCUGAAUGGAAGGAAAAUAUUAUGAAAUUAUACCUCCUCACACAGAUGUAA